AUGACGGAGGAUUCAGGCGGUAGAGAUCCGCCUUGGGCCUUCGGAUCCAGGUUCAACGGCCUGAACUUGGACCAACAAGAUUUGGAUUGGACACAGACACAUACGAAAGGAAACAAUCGAGGAAACAAAGGAAACAAAAGAACGGCAACACGAGAAACGCAACGAGAAUACCAGUUCACGAAACAAUUAAGAGUGGAUUCAAUACCAACUCACAAUGGACCACGCUAUCUUGUUUUAAACCGUACCGAUGGAAAAAAGACAAUGACUACUGUCUCCCCAUUUUUCAUCAGGAAAGCAAUAGACAGCAUUACUACAAAUGUUUCGAUCACCAGAACGAAAGAAGGCGGAUUACUACUAAAAACCGUAGACAGACAACAGGCAGUAAAACUACUUAAGCAGACCAAACUAGGCGAAACAAUAGAAGUUGAAAUAAAGGAACAUCCAACACUAAACACAACACGUGGAACAAUUUUCUGCCCAGACCUCAACAUGCAUACCGACCAGGAAAUCGUCGAGGAAAUGAAAGACAUACACGUUAUUGAUGUCAAACGAAUCAAGCGCCGUAAGGGUGAUCAGUAUGAAGACUCAGGAGCAUUCAUUCUAACGUUUAAUCUGGGAACCCUCCCUGGUUCCAUAGAUGCCGGUUUUCAUCGCUGUAAAGUCCGACAGUAUGUACCACCUCCAUUGCGUUGCAUGAACUGUCUGAAAUUUGGCCAUAAGAAGGAUCAAUGCAAAGGAAAUCAAGUUUGUGCUAACUGCGCCAGUUUAUACCACGAUAGGACUGAAUGCCAACAAAAAACCACGUGUGUUGUUUGCCGGGAAGACCACCACGCCUUAUCUAAGAACUGUCCAGUAUACAUCGAUGAACUCGAGAUCCAGCGACUAAGAGUAAUCGAAAAGAUCACUUAUCGUGAAGCAAGACAAAAGAGAAGAUCCCAAGCACCAGACCCAAAUCCACCUCGGCUGAGAGAAUUGUUCUCUAGUCAACUCAAAAUUCGAAACAAUAUCAACAACGAGAGACAAGCAGAGAACCCCACUGGAGACCAACGUACAGAGAGAACCGAACGUAACCCACGCAACUUUAACAGCAGUACUCAGAUGAACACCAGAACAUCCAAUCUCCAACCCGAAGACAACUCAUCGAAUCACGCCAGCGAUUCACUAGACGCAACUACAACUACACAGCAUAGACAUCAACAGCAGACAGAAGCUCAAUUUCAGAAUGACUCACGAUACAGUUCGAUAAAUACAGGUACCACUAACACGACUAACAACAUGAUUUACGGAAUAAACGAAAAUACAACUGAUCCUAACACUACUAACUCAAUUAGAAACCUCAGUAAUCUAUCGCAAGCAAUAUCUCAGUCGAUAUUUGUCGAUGAGAUAGAUAUAGAUAAUAUCUAG